AUGGGGAGGGACGCCCUGCUGGCCCUCCUCAAGGCACUCCCAAACCUGAGGCGCCUGUCAGUGGGCCGCCCCCGCGCCACUCAGGACCAUGGCUUGCCGCACGACCCCCGCGUCGAUGCUGCCAACGCCGCCGAUGCUGACGCCGCACAGCAGGCGGUCGUCGCCCUCACGGCCCGCGGCGGCGUGCGCAGCCUCGAGUCCGUGGUCGCCCCACGCAUGGCAAUCAACGAGGAGGUCGGGCGCUGCCUCGGACUGUGCCCGCGGCUGUCCAAGGUUGUGGCCGGGGACGUCGAUGAGCGCUGGGAGCGGCCGCAGCUGCAGCUCAACGCACUCACCAGCCUCCGGCUGUCGUGGAUCAAGGACACCGCACGCAUCCGACAGGCGCUGCAGCCCAGGUGCUUUCCCUUGCUCCAGCGCCUGAGCGGCGUCAGCCUCGGCCCGGACGACGCCGCGCGCCUCGCGGCGGCCGCGCCGCGGCUGCGGCGGCUGGCGUGCUGGACCGAAGAGGAAUCCGACUGGGCGCCGCCGCUGGGGUUUGCCUUUGAGAGCUUGACGCACCUGCACGUCCACGCAGACCCCGGCUUUGCCAAGGUGCAGUUUGAUGCGGUGUUCCCCGCCGUUGAGCACCUGAACCUGUGCAGCAGUUUGGUGGAAACGCUCAACGACGAGAUCGAGGAGUUCGACGUCGCCCGCGUCCUGGCCGCCGCCACCGGCCUGCGCUCGCUCGCCUUGAACAACCACCCCGAGGAAGGCCUGACGCCGGCGGCCUGGGACGCGGCCGCGGCCGCCGCCGCCGCGACGCCGGGGCGGCUGACGCAUCUCAGGGUGUCCCUCGACGCGUGCGACCGCGCGGCGCUCGCGCGGCUGUCGAGCAUAACCUCCGUGGAGCGGUUGGAGCUGAAGCUGCUGAGCGAUGCGAGCCCGCGGGAGCGUCGUGAUGACGAGGAUUCCGAGGAGCAGGCGGCGGAGGAGGAGGAGGAGCACGCAUUUGGGGGCGCUGGCGACGGCGGGGGCGGCGGCGAGCCUGGAGGCGGCUUCGAUGCCAUUAUGGCCGCCGAGGCCGCCGCCUACGCUGACAUGCCCCCGGUCCCCGUGGCCGCGGCGCUCGAGGCUGCGGCGCAGCUGCCGCGGCUCUCGGCGCUGACCGUCAGUUUGGACGCGGCGUGGAUGAGCGCUUACGUGCGUGGCUCCGACUGGGGGCCGGAGCCGCUCGCGGCGUUUUCGCGGGGCGCGAAGGGGCUGCGCACUCUGGUCUUCAGAGGCAGCCUGGUGCCGCCAGAGUGGGUGCUGCGGGAGCUGGCAGCAAUCCCGGGGCUGCACAGCAUCGAGGUUGAGGCGGAGCCGGCACCGCUCCCGGAGGGGCUGGUAUGGCCGAUCCGCCCGGCGGGCGCGGAGGAGCGAGCGGCGGCUGUCGAGCGGGCGGGGGCGGCCAGUCGCGCGGCGGGCGGGCCGGGCAUGGUCAUGCGGGCGCGGGGGCACGUCGACCGUGCGUGCCCGGAAUGCAUGUGGCAGUUGGAAGAGCACGCGUGA